UCCAAGCAUUAAUUGGGAAUGCUCGCUCUACGGUGCUCAUGUUGUGUGUCCUGUCAAUGGAGAAGAUCAAGGGGCACAGGGACGCUGAGGAUGGAGUGCAUGAAAUGACCAAUACUGCAUAUUGUAACUUCAAACCGAUGGUAUCCGAGUCAUUCGAUUAUCUCUACCAAAGAAUUCCAGAUUGCAUUGGAAAUGUCUGAGAAACCUAGAGCCCAGUAUGAGGAAGACGACCAGGCCAGUGGCCGGCGUAUCCAAAGCCACAGCAGCAGGCACUAAGGCCCAGACUGGGGAGAGAGUCAAGCCUGAGGGCGCCACCAUGGGCACAGCCGGCAAGAAUACGGCCAAGACCUCCGCUACCGCACCACUCUCUAAGGCGAAGAGCAGCGAUGACUUGCCAUCAGCAACAACAGUAGGCAGUGGGAUCAGCACUGUUGCUAAGGCCAAGAAGACUAGCUUUGCCCACUCUUCAACCUCUUCCACUACAGGUACCAGCAACCCAGAGGGCAAGACAAAGACCAGCUCAGGAAAGCGUGGGACCUCCUCUGUGGUGAAGGAGCCCGGUUCAUCCCGGGAGGGCCUGCGAGAACGCUCCAGAACUGGCACCGCCAGCAGGAAGCUCUCCGGACCCUCGGAUGCCUUGGCACCGCCCAAGAGAGUCCGCAGCCGGGCCAUGACUGAGUCCGAGUCCCGUAUGAGCAAGUCCAGGUCGGACGGGCAGCUCAGCAAUAAGACGGUCCUGGAGAGCAGGGUGAAGGACCUGCUGGGCCUGGCCAAGAGCAAAGACGUGGAGAUCCUCCAACUGCGCACUGAGCUGCGGGCCAUCCGUGUCCAGCUAGGCCUGCCUGAGGAGGAUGGGGGAGCAGAGAGAGGGCUGAGGGAGAGGAGACUGCUGAGGCUGAGCCCCCACAGGAACAGGAGAAAGAACCCCUUACUCCGUUCAUCCCUACAGACGUUGAGUCCACCCCUGCUCUUGCUGCAGGACCAGAACCAGGGGAUCCGCGGGGAACUGAACAUGCUAAAGAGUGAGAACCGAAUGCUGAAGGACCGCCUCAAUGCCCUGGGUUUCUCCCUGGAGCAGAGGCUGGACUGCCCCCUCAAAGCCCCGCGAGGCUCCUGCCUCAGCCCAGCCAGCGGUGGCAGAGAUGGAGUGUUCCAACGGGCCUUUUUACUACAUGGGGUCUCCCCACACGGCUCUGCCCGCGGCUCCAAUGAAGACCUUCUGGACCCCCGGCGAGCCAUCUCCCCUGAGGCGGCCGACAGCGAGUGCAGCGAAGCCUACCAGCCAAUCACCUCCAGCGACGACGCCCUGGAUGCCCCCUCUGGUUCUGCCUCUGCCUGCUGCUCCUCCUCUGAGUCAGAGGGCGGGCCACCGAGUCACGGUGAGCGCUCCCGUAGAGGCAGCAGUGGCAACACCAGCGAGGUGUCGGUGGCCUGUCUAACUGAGCGCAUUCACCAGAUGGAGGAGAACCAGCACUGCACUUCUGAGGAGCUCCAGGCUACACUACAGGAGCUGGCUGACCUGCAGCAGAUCACCCAGGAACUAAGCACAGAGAACGAGCGGCUGGGCGAAGAGCGGGUCAUCCUGGUGGACUCCUUGUGCCAGCAAGGUGACCGGCUGGAGUUGUACGGCCAGCAGAUGGACUACUUCCGGGGCCUGCUGGACGAGCACCGCGUGGCCUAUGCCCCGGUCGACGAGGAGGACACUAAGAGCAGCCGCUAUCUGGAGCUGGAGCGCCGCUACAUGGACCUGACUGAUGGGACCCACUUCGAGAGGGAGCAGCUGCUGGGGGUGCAGCAGCACCUGAGCGGGGCGCUGAAAAUGACAGAGCAGGACAACGCAGAAGCCCAGGGCCUGAUAUCAGCGCUUAAGGAGAGGGUGCACGUGGCUGAGCGGCAGGCUGAGAUGGAGCGCAGGGAUAGGGCAGUGGCGGCCAUAGAGCUGGAGGUCCUGAGGGAGGCGGCCGGAGGGGAACAGGCGGAGUUGGCUCGAUGCAGGGCCCAGCUGGAGCAGGAGAGACAGAGGGUGGCUGAGCUCUACUCCAUCCACAAUGCCGGGGACAAGAUGGACAUCUGCCACCAGCUGGAAAGCGAAAGGAGGGACAAGGAGAGGGCAGAGGCAGAGUCUGCUCAGCUGCAUGAGGAGCUGGACCACACCCGCAACGAGGCCGCAAGGCUGGAGGACGGUAUCAGCAAGCUGGAGGAGAACUUCCGUGCAUUUCGUGAUGAGGUACAGAAGCAGCUAGCAGAGCAGAAGCGGACCCUGGCCCAUCAGUGUUCUGAGCUGGAGGAGAGGGACACUGAGGUCUCAGACAUGAAGGAGACCAUCUUUGAGCUGGAGGACGAAGUGGAGCAACACCGAGCCGUAAAACUCCACGACAACCUCGUGAUCACAGACCUGGAGAACUCUGUCAAAAAACUGCAGGACCAAAAACAUGACAUGGAGCGUGAGAUCAAGAUGCUGCAUCGAAAGCUACGGGAGGAGUCUAUGGAGUGGCGUCAGUUCCAGGCCGACCUGCAGACGGCGGUGGUCAUUGCUAACGACAUCAAGUCUGAGGCUCAGGAGGAGAUUGGGGAUCUGCGGCGCCGCCUACUGGACACACAGGAGAAGCAUGAGAAGAUGAGCAAAGAGCUGGAGGAGAUCAAGAAGCAGGAUGAGGAGAGGGGCAGGGUGUAUAACUACAUGAAUGCUGUUGAGAGGGACCUAGCUGCCCUGAGGCAGGGCAUGGGUCUCAGCCGACGCUCUUCUACCUCCUCUGAGCCCUCUCCCACCGUCAAGACCCUUAUCAAGAGCUUUGACAACGCCUCCACUGCAGGCCUUGUCCCAACCUCCCCCACAGCAGCCGUGCCAGCACUUACCACAACGAUUGCCCGUACACCCCUCAGCCCCAGCCCUCUGAAAACCCCACCCGCUGCUGCUAUCUCUCCCAUACAGAGGCACACGGCAUCGACCCCCAAACCCCCGUCCUCCAUGGUGGAUAAGAGGUCCAGUUACACAGACCUCACUAUGCCAGCAGAUCACCUGCUACGGGCCUCGCCUGGGACCCCCUCUUCCCUCCAGAGGGUCCCCAACAUGGACUCCAAGUCCCUAUCAGUGUCACGAAGGUGCAGUGAGGAGCUGAAGAGGGACAUGUCUGCCUCAGAGAACACUACCUCAGCCUCCCUCAUCACCUCCUCCCCCCAGCUCUCCUCCCUUUCCGCCGCCGCCUCCUCCUCCCCCACCGCCUCAGUCACCCCCUCCACAAGGGGACGCUUACGGGAGGAGAGAAAAUACGCCCUGUCUGCACUGGCCAGGGAGUGGGGAUCCAAGAGGAACGCCCUGCUUAAGUGGUGCCAGAAGAAGACUGAAGGAUACCUGAACAUUGAUAUCACCAACUUCAGCAGCAGCUGGAACGACGGGCUGGCCUUCUGUGCUGUUCUCCACACCUACCUGCCUGCCCACAUCCCCUACCUGGAGCUCUCCAGCCAGGACAAGAAGCGAAAUUUCACACUGGCUUUCCAGGCCGCUGAAAGUGUCGGGAUCAAGUCCUCAUUGGACAUUGGAGAGAUGGUGCACACAGAGAGGCCUGACUGGCAGAGUGUGAUGACCUACGUCACUGCCAUCUACAAGUACUUUGAGACGUGACCCAUCUUCAAGCCUGAACACCUCGCUUGCCCACACGCACGUGUCCAGCCAGGGCUGUCAUCGCAACACUGGACAACCUUAGAGCAACAUCAGCCAAUGCUACCUGCGAAUAUGUCUGGGACCCUGAGUUCUACCUUAAGCUGCAUCACUUAACUUCACCAAUAUAUUCCAUGUUUACACUGCAAUGUUCUACAAACUCUUGGCUUGGGAUGCUCAUGUGGCUUCUCAGUUUGAUUGAAUUCGUCAGACUAGGCUGUGGAUAGACUGAGGCCAUGGGUUGAACUGUCCUUCAACUUUCCCUGGGUCAGUGACUUCCUGUAUACUCAAGUCUUCUGGCCUCUUGACCCCAGUCCUAUGUCCUACUGUCUGCAGUAGCCUACACCAUCAUUACCUCCAACUUUACACUGUAGUUCAUGUUUAGCUAGCUGAAACAAUGUGUAUGGUUUUGGAUUUGGAAUACUGCGGAGAACAGGAUUGCCUUUUUAAAAUGCCUUUGGCUUUGUCCAUUUUGUCUCUUCGCACAAUGACUUGAGGGUAAGUGUGAUUUACCUGACUGACAGAGGGUCCAGCUUAACUGUAGCUGUUCUAACAAGGCUGUUUUAGCCCAAUGCUUUGCUGUGAUAUUUAUUCCAAAGAGAUAAUAACUUCAUACGAAUCAAUGCCAUGUUUGUCUCUUGUUUUUGCCAAUUAUGACAAUGAGCAUUGACCCAUUAGGGAUAUUAAUAAUACAUAGUGCUUUUUGAAGGACCCAAAGUCAGAGUUCAAUCGCAUUGACGUCUUUUACGCCAGUUAUUAUUUGUCUCAGUCCGUUGUGUCCAAACUCUGUAAGCGUGAUGGUUGACCACCACGGCCAGUCUCUGGUUUUACAGUGAGGUCCCUGUAACACACCCAUCCAUAAUGGUUGUACAGUGAGGUCCCUGUAGCACACCCAUCCAUAAUGGUUGUACAGUGAGGUCCCUGUAGCACACCCAUCCAUAAUGGUUGUACAGUGAGGUCCCUGUUGCACACCCAUCCAUAAUGGUUGUACAGUGAGGUCCCUGUAGCACACCCAUCCAUAAUGGUUGUACAGUGAGGUCCCUGUAGCACACCAAUCCAUAAUGGUUGUACAGUGAGGUCCCUGUAGCACACCCAUCCAUAAUGGUUGUACAGUGAGGUCCCUGUAGCACACCCAUCCAUAAUGGUUGUACAGUGAGGUCCCUGUAGCACACCCAUCCAUAAUGGUUGUACAGUGAGGUCCCUGUAGCACACCCAUCCAUAAUGGUUGUACAGUGAGGUCCCUGUAGCACACCCAUCCAUAAUGGUUGUACAGUGAGGUCCCUGUAGCACAC